UUGACAGAAGAACAAAUCGCUACUUUUCUAUCUGAAUAUGAACAACACAAAGACUACGAGACGCUCAAGUGGCGAUACGUCAAACGUCCAGGAGCCCAAGCUGCGCGCACAGAAGCGUGGUACGGAUGCUACGGCCCGACUCAGUACCUCAAACACGGCGAGAACAAGGAGAAAGCUCCUGUUUGGCGAGAAGACGGAUCCAUCGAUUACGGUGGACGCGCGAAAUGGGACGCCUGGGACGCGUGUAAAGGAAUGACUGAGCAGGAAGCCAAGAUUGCGUUCGUGCGCGCCAUUCGCUCGGCUUUGGCGGCUCCGCACGAAAACUUUUACUGA